CUGCUCGAGGCGCCGGGAGGUCCGGGCCACUCCCGCGUGCAUCCGGGCGGGCCAUGGCGGCGGCAGCGCCGCAGCCCACCAGCCAGGUCGCGGGCAUGGUGGGCUGGCGCGUCGACGGCGGGCCCCCCGAGGUGGCCACGCCCGAGCGCCCAAGGGCCACGCCGAGCCCGUGGCGCCUCGAGGCCGAGCUGCGGCAGCGGAGCCGGCGCGCGGGGCUGCUGAGGGCGGAGCUGGCCGAGGAUGGAGCUGGCCUGCCGGAGGCUCCGGGAGCGCCUGGGCAUCGCCGCCGAGAGCCCGCAGAAGGGCGAGGAGGAGGAGGAGGGCCCCGCCGGCCGCGGCUCGCCCCGCGCGCUGGCCUCGCAGCUCGCGGCGCUCGCCACGCCGCUGCGCCGCGGGUGCCCGCCCUCGCCCGUGCUGCCCCGGAGCGCCGCCGCGAUCCUGCUGUCGCCGGGCGCCCCGGUGCGCGACGGGGGAGGCCUUCGACAUCGAGCGGCAGUACGAGGCGCUGCAGCCGCCCUCGGGCGCUCCGGGGCAGGCAGCGCUGGGCCCCGGCGGGCGCUGCGAGGAGGCGCCGCCGCCGCGGCUAGAAUCGCCCGCGUCGUUGCCGCCCCGCGGCUCGCGCGCCACGGACGGCACACCGCCGGCAGAGGCGGGCUCGGCGGUGCGCUGCGCGCCGCGGCUGGCCUCGCCGCAGCGGCGCGGCGCGGCUUCCGCGCUGCUUGGGGCGCGGCUGCGCCGCUGGGCGCUGCGCUCGCUGCUGCUCCCCGCUUGACGGCGCCGCCCUCCGGGGCGUCCGCACGACCACACCGUUUGCCCGGCCUUGGCAAUCGGCUUUGACGGCUCCGCUUAUAAUUAGGGGCAGCCGCGGCGGGCUUUGAGCGCGGCGUGCCUCACCCGUGAACCUCUCCUCUCCCUCCUCAGCCUGCUAUCGCUGCCCCUCACCGUGAGCCUCCUCCUCCCCCCCUCCCCCGGGCGCUCUCGCGGGCGCCUGCCGCCCACGAAUUCGGAGAGCCCCCCCGGCGCAGCACAGGCACGGCGGGCGCCGGGGCGGGGGCCCACGAGAGGUUCUCGCGCCCCCCCCCCUCGCCGCGGCGGGCGUGCGGGGGCGCCUCGGCCGACGGGGCACGGAGAGCCGGAGGAGGCUCGUGGGGAA